UGCACCAUAAACAAUCCGCCGUCAUGUCAUGUUGUCUGACACCUGACUUUUAGUUGCAUACACAAAUUUGUCAAUUUCAACGUUUUUUAAUUAAAAACGUUACAAAAAGUGUAUAUUGACCGCCAGGGGAAUGUCUUAACCUGGCAUCUGACUCCUAUCCAGCUAUGAAAGUAGUGUACGAACGUAUAAAAUCCGACUUGAACUUUGGGUGAGCUGUCAAGUGCACUCGGGGCUUCUCUUGCGGCCGUGUAUAUGAAUAAUAACAGGAUAAUAUGUUAACAUGGCUGUACAGUCCGAUUCUGGAGGGAAGGACGACCUGAAAACACAGUUCGUGACACGAGAAGGAAUCUACCGGUUGAUGACGUUGUCGGAGUAUUCGAGACCUAAUCGUGUGGGCUACAGCAGUGGUUCCGGUUCCUCUCAUGUACGCGUGUCGCUGGUGUCGCUGCCCCCGGGCCCGGGGGGCGGAGCGCCCGGCUCGGACGGCCAGGGCUCCGACGACAGGAUAUGCUUUAACCAUGGGAAAGAGCUUUAUGUUUAUGUAUACAGAGGAGUUAAGAAGGCAGCUGAUCUCACAAAACCAGUGGACAAGAAGAUGUACAAAGGCACGAACCCAACAUGCCACGACUUCAACACAGUCACGAUGACACCGGACAGUGUAUCGUUAGUUAUAGGAUUUUCUACCGGCCAAAUACAACUUAUAGAUCCCAUUAAGAAGGAGCUAAGUAAAUUGUACAAUGAAGAGAGACUGAUCGACAAGACGCGCGUGACGUGCAUUAAGUGGGUGCCGGGCUCGAGCAACCUGUUCAUCAGCGCGCAUGCGUCCGGCCAGCUGUACGUGUACAACGAAGAGCUCACCUGCGGCACGGCGGCGCCGCACUACCAGCUCUUCAAACAGGGCGACGGCUACUCCAUCCACACCUGCCGCACCAAGUCCACGCGCAACCCGCUAUACCGGUGGGUGAUCGGCGCCGAAGGCAGCUCCAUUAACGAAUUCGCCUUCUCACCCUGCAACACGAACCUCGCUGUUGUCUCCCAGGACGGCUUCCUUCGUGUCUUUCACUACGAUACCAUGGAGUUAAUCGGCCGAGCGCGGUCGUACUUCGGCGGGUUUCUGUGCGUGUGCUGGUCUCCUGACGGUAAAUACGUAGUGGUGGGUGGCGAGGACGAUCUCGUGACAGUGUGGUGCUUCAGCGAACGGCGAGUGGUCGCGCGGGGGCAAGGACACCGCUCGUGGGUGUCGGUGGUCGCGUUCGACCCGUACGUGAUCAGCUUCACCGACCCCGAAAGCGAAGAGGGCGUCGAAGAUGACCGACAGAAGAGCGAGAGUGUGCAGUGUUACAGGCUAGGUAGUGUGUCGCAGGACACGCAGCUGUGUCUGUGGGACCUGACCGAGGACGUUCUCAAGCCGCCGGUGAGGGCACGCGCCUCCGCUCACCUCUCGCCCAACAGUCAGACCUUCUCGCCCAACGGUGUGCCUGGCAUGAAAGUACCCGUCAAGGCGAAGACGAACAAAAUCGGGCACAAACAUGCCGAACUCAGCGGCAACGCGGCCGGUGAACCUUCCGGCACCAAGCAGAAGACUAAGGUGAACAACGUGGCGACACUCAACAUCAGCGUCGGCAAGGCAAAGGAGGAGAGCUCCGGGCCGCUCGCGGUCAACUCCCUGACGCAGCGGCUCGCCGGGUUCUCGUUCGGCGAGCGCCGGUCCGAGCACCGCCGCAACUUCAGCCUCACCAAGCCCGCCGAGCAGAAGACCGCGUCGAACAGCGUGGCGAUGCGCAAGUCCGGCGCCGGUGACUCGUACGACCCGCUGAAGCUGAUCGGCACGGCGUCGUGCCCGCGGUUCGACGAGUGCCCCGUGCUGGAGCCGCUGGUGUGCAAGAAGGUGGCGCACGAGCGGCUGACGGCGCUGCUGUUCCGCGCGGAGUACCUGGUGACGGCGUGCGCGGACGGCUGCAUCAACACGUGGGCGCGGCCGGCGCGCGCGUGCUCGUCGGAGCGGCGCCGGCCCGAGCGCGGCGAGCGCGGCGAGCGGGCCGAGCGCGGCGAGCGGGCCGAGCGCGCCGAGCGCAUCGAGCUGGUGGACUAGUCCGCCGCCGGCGCGGGCGCGUCUGCCUGCGGCGUCUGUCUGUUAGUGCACUUCAAGCUCGGAACCCUCCUGCGGCUGGUUGACGCGUUCUGUACGCCCAAAGUGGCUGUGUAGUCACCACUCUCUCUGAACAAACGAUAAUCUGACUACUGGACAUACAGUUACGGCUCAAGAUACAUUACACUCAUUUGUGAUCUAUUCAAAUCCUGACAAUAUGUUGAGCAUCCUCCGAUCGGUCUGAGAAAAUACCAUUAUUUCUUGGUUUCGAGUCGCGCGUAGAUAUAGACAGUAGUUGUGAUAUGAUUUUGUUUUGAUGUUGUGGGACAGAUAUAUGCUCUUCAGUCGACUGAAGAUGCUGAGCUCUGAAAAUGUCAGGAUAUGAAUUAGUACCUAACAGUCGAAUCCUUUAGAACGGUUUGAAGUGGAUAAAAUUCAUGAUAACAAAAUAACAGACCAAUAAUUAUGACGUAAGUGAAAUACUCAACAACUUUGGCUAUAGAUAAUAUGAAGUACACAUGAUGUUUUUUAUCUACAUUUAUGAGUCAUUAUAAUAUUGCUAUCGUACUUCAAAACUCGUCAUGAUUACAACCCCUUAUAAAACAUAGGCAAAGUUCUAUCUCUACUUGUGCUAAAAGGAGACUCUGGAAAUUUAAUAAAGUGCACUAAUAGAAUACCGUGGAAUUGGCUGCCUGACCGACGAAUCCUACCUCAGUGUGUGUGUGUGAAGUGUAUGUUGGUACAGAAAGUACAGGAUGUUUUAAUGACUUUAGAGGGUGUUGCAAAUGUACGGUAUUUGAAUACUGUGGACUUUGGGGAGGGGUUGUGACGUAACGGAAGUUUUCAAUGUGACUAGCGUUGACUAUAUCCAUAUAUUUAUCGAUAAUUUGAAUGGAAAUGUGGUUUCCAGAUCUCAGUAUGUUUGUGAUUGUUUUGUAAGAGACAAUUGUAAUGAGACUUGUAAGUUGCAGACAUUCCGAGAUGUAUGCGUUUACCAAAAAUGUUUUGAAUAGUUUAAACUCAAAGUAAAAUGAGUUGGGAAAGGCAAUGAAUGUGAUCAGCCGUUUUCAAUAAACGAUCCGAAUCUCAAUCUCCAAUCCGAUUCCGAGAUUGAACCAAUCACAAUAACUCAUUUGUACAUAUGUCAAAAAAACUUUACUCUGAUUGGUCUAUUUUUUAGAUAGAUCGAUCGCGAUCGGGAUCGUUUAUUGAAAAUAGCGGUAAGACUUAAUACAUGGGUACAGUAAAAGUGAUAUGACUGAUAUAAUUUGAAGCGAGCAUUGCGACAGUCUUGAUAGGAAAGUGAGUAGGGGAAAGUUUCUAAAAUGACCCCAAAAUUUAUAGUAAUUACAGUGAACUGAAAAGUAUUAGCGAUAUAUUUUGCUUAUCUCCCCUAUUAUGAGGAAAUAUAAAAGUAGGUAACAGUCACAUUGAAAGCUUCCAUCGCGCGGUACCGCUAAGCAUUUCAAAUCGUAAAAACGAUAUACGAUCAACAUAAAAUAGAUAGCAAUAGACAUUGAGAUUCUAAUUGUAUAGAAAUUGUAUAAAACUUAAUUGUAAGGAGACAGUUUUUUUUCUUCGGCUCACCUAUGUAAAUAUUGUAAGUUAGGACGUGAAGCGAUUUAAUCGCAUAUUAUAAGUUGCAAAGUGAUGUAUAUUGGAAGAUGAUCAACCACUUUCAAAGAUUUGAAAACAAAUUACGAAUAAUAUUAGCAAAUAAUACCUGAAUUUACAUGUGGAAUAAGUAAAAAAUUAUAAUGAUUUUCAUAAACAUUAAGAAUUAUUGUAAUCAAAAUAUGAAGACUACAUUUCUGCCUACAUUAAUACAGAAUUCAUAGUAGUAAUAAGAUCGUAUUGGUCGAAAUUUUGAUGCUCUGACAUUGAUUUUUGAAUGACAUUCGUUGACAAAAUAAAUGGUAUAUUCAAAAUCAACAGAACUAUUUUUUAAAUUCACAUCUUCGAAUAUGUAUCAUUUUGCAUCUUGUGCACUAGCAAAAAACGCACUCGUGCGCUUCUCCUUCUUAUUUAUUUGAACGAACGAAAAUCUUUUUUUAUCAAUUUAAGUGUUGUUGUAUGGAUGGUAGCAUCUGCAAGACUCGGGGGAGGGUCAUUGUUUCCCGUACCUCCUCCGUCAGUUGUUAAUAGUUAUAGAUCAUAGACACGUAGACUAGUGCAUUUUUUUCUCCAUAGACAAUAUUAUCUUAUUAUUUACGUAAAAAAUAUACGUGUUAUUUUUUUUUUGUUUGUGGCGUUCGGUGUCAGAAAUGUUGAAAAAAGUGGAAAAUUUUGUGAUUUUUUUUGUAUUAAGCCCAGUUUAUGUAGUUUGUUUAAUACAUGCUACGUAGAAACUACAGCAAGGCAAUUUCAUUUUCAUUAAUUACAGAUACAGGUAUUUUUUUAAAUAUUUCUCGCAUUUUCAUGCACUUGCGCAGCAAAAAAAACAAAACAAACCAAUUAUUCUUCAGUUAUUUAUUGAACGGAGCUUGUUAAAUGAAUGAUUAGUUAUAAUAAAAUGCUUACUAGUAAGAUUAUAUAGCACAUAGAUAGAUAAAUUGUUAUAUUGCUAAAUCCAUAAAUAUUCGUUAAUCAUGGAAAUUAAAAAAAUAUUUCCAUUUAAAAUAUAAAACAUCGAUCUAAUGUUUUUGACAUCGAACGAUUAUAUUUCGAAAAAUCAUAUUGUAAAAAAUAACUUUAUUAUGUUAUACAAUGCAAUAUGUACCUAACUUAAUAGCGUUAACACGAAAUUUCAUUUAACAGCCUAAAUACGUUAUAAUAACGGUUUUAAUAGUCAUUAUUUAUGUAUAUAGCUUGUAACUUUUGUUCUUAUAGAGUACAUAUUGAAAAUUUGUGCGUUUCAACAUUAUUUCUCUUCGGACGCGAAUGGAGUGACAUCAACUGAUCUGUUGAGCCUUCCGAAGACAGAGUGAAAAAGAAGGAAUUAUUUGGUUCAAACGACAUAAAAAAAAGUUUUUCAAAAAAAUACCAAACUUUUUAAACGUGAUAUUUUAUUUUUGUUUCAUAGUUGCGUGAAACAAAUAAUUUUGGUCUGUAUUUUUACUCUGACUUAGAAGGAGAUUAUAGAUUUCAGACUUAAUGAUGCAGCGAGUUUGAAUACUAUGAGAUAAAUUGUUUUUUUUUUAAACAGCGGUAUUGAAAAUCCGCACUUAGAUUUUAUGCAAGGCUGAAGCUAUACAACCUUGGUUGAUCAACGAGGUAGUCUUCUAAACAUGGAUUCAUUCAGUAUUGUCAUACAAAUUAUGAAAUUGAAGUAUUUCUAAAGAAUAUAGGAAGCAUACAAAUGCAUUUCACAGUAAAUAAACAAUUGAUCUUAUUGUAUUCUAAUUCGUUACAUAUCAGAAUAGCAAGGUAAACAAUAGUUCCAUGUGAGGCUUUCGGAUCAAACGUGUUCGUCUGUUUUAAUAAACAAUGAAAAUCCAUGAAAUAUGUUCAUGCUUUUUUCAAUUUAAUUUCUCCAAAUUUGCAUUUCAUCCUGUUUAUGAGGGUACACAAUUAUUGUCUUUGAAUUUUGCAUGAUUUUAGACUAUUUAUAACGUGUUUACAAAUAUAUUUCAGUGCUAUUAGCACUACAGGAAAUAGGAAUAAUACUAAAGAAAGAAAGAACAGGAAGAAAUCAGACGACGCCUUUGAGCUUUAAUCUAAUCCCACAUGUGAACAAUCAGUUGCUUGUUAAAACAUAUAACAUGUUAUUGUGUGUCAUCUAUGAGGCAAUGGGCGGAAAUUCUUAACGAGAGUGCGAGGUUUCGCUAAGAUUAGGGACAUCUAUUUUAUAACUAUGUAUUUUCCAUGAGCUGGAUACAAUUUAUUUAAGUCAUUUAUCCAAGUCUUCGAGUUCGCGGAUUUCAAAAAACCUAUAAAGAAUUAAAUUGACAUUAAAAAUACAGGUCCUGUUUAGAUUGACAUAUAGUGACAUAUAAAGUACUGUGAAUUAUAAUAGCACGUUAUGUCACUACCAAUAGCAUGUUAUAUGUCAAAUGUAAUAAAUGUGUCAGAUGAUUGAAAGUACGAGAAAUUAUUAGUUUUUUUCGUGGCCUUAUGAAUGUUACUUAUUGUGGAUACGGCACUUUGAUCCGCAUGGAGACGUUGUUUUCACUCACUAGAUUGUGACGUCAUAUCCAUUUUUAAUAGUUCCAUGUUCGAAAUUGGAAGGUUGAUCACAUUUAUUACUGUUGAAAAAAAAAAUUCUCGAAAUUGCUUAGUUAUAGGCGCGUUAUAAACAGCCAUUUUUUAUUUGUUAAAUAGGUAUUUCUUUAUUGAAAUUAUGAAUCAUAUAAAUUAUAAAUAAUCCGGAUUUUUAACUCAUAUCUUUGAAGAAUUCCAAAGUAAAUGUGAUCACUCAUUCGAUUUGACCGUCACAAUCUCGCUAUAAACAUGGCAGCUAAUGUUACUUUUGGAGCCAUUUUUAAUUUAAUUUCUAACUUAAAUGUAGGUUGUGCUAUGUACUUUACACGCGGCUGCGCGCAUUGUUGCAGUAUAUAGUUUGUUUCAUCAUCAUCAGCCAGUUGCACUCCAUUGCUGGACAUAUACCUCAAAGUUGAAAUUCCAAUCUACAAUAUUAUUUUAGCUUUGAAGUAGAAUUUAUCUAACAAUUAGUCACAUAUAGAAACUAUUGAUUAAAAAUACAAAAUAUUGAUUCCCCUCAGAGUAUAGCACAUCACCAAUUCAAAUAAGAGUUAUUAUUAUGUUAUUACCUUUAUCAUAUAAUUAAAUAACCUAAGGCAAUGGUACUGCCAGCUUUAAGAAAAUUACUAAAUUCCUAACAUCAGAUAUAUUGCAGCAAUGGGCCCAAUAUGUUGUUAUUUACGCCGCACAGUCACAACCCAAAUGUAUUCAUACACCCGAUGAGGAAUAUGAAAAAUCUUUACAACAUAGUAUAAGCUCUAUAGUCUAUAUAUUCAGGGUUGCAAGCGGAAAAAUAUUAUGAAAGAAUGGUAGAUUUUCGUUUGUAUGGUGCCUGCAUUUUUAUGUUUUUCAUCGGGUUAAUCUUUGCAAUGUAUCUUAGUGAAAAUUAUGCGCUCUCUUACCAAGAGCAUUUGUGGAGUUGAUUUUUCUGCCGCCAUUUUUAAUUUGAGUUCCUAUUUAGUGCUGCUAGUUAAUAUUACAUUAAAAUUUUCCUAAGAUAUUUUUGAGGCGGGCGACUUAAAUAAUAGCGGUAAUAUAGAUUGUUAUAUCUAAAAUAUGUAUAUUUCAAUCAUGAGUCCUCAGGGUCUAGCCAAGUAGUAGUUCUAGGGAAGUCGGCAGUAGAAGCUAAAGCGUGGAACUGAGGCACAACACAGACAAUAUAGAUUGACGUUAUAUAAUAACUCUUGGCUAGGCUUAUUCUAUUAGUUUUUGACAACAAUGUAACUUAAUACUCGCUAAAAUUACUUUCGCAAAGGUAACAUUGUUAAAAUAAAAGGUUAGAAACAUUUUUUAUAAAAAGUCGCUCGCUAUGGCGGCGAGAAACAUUGACUCUACAUUCGGUAACAAUAUCGCUGAUUAUUAUGUUUAGUUAAUUAAUAUUUAAUUAAUUUAUUGGAGUUGUUUGUUCAAAACUAGUGAGACACAAAUUACAAGCCUAUCAAGUUAUUAAAUAGAGAAUUCUCUUUAUA